AAACUCCCUCUCACAUAAUACACCAAAUUGAACUGCCAUGUCAACUACACCAAAAACUUCUUCUCUUCAAUCCACCGAGGCCUCCACCGUGGCCUCCACCUCUAGUAGCCCAAGCCCUGAUGAGAAAAAUUGGGCGACUCAGAUACGUGAGGCUCUAAAUGAAGAGCUUGAAGAAGAUAGUGAAGUCCCUGUCAACAUCUUCAAUGUACCCAAAACUCUCAUGGCUACUAAGCCGGAUUGCUAUGUUCCACAACAAGUUGGACUGGGGCCUUAUCAUCAUUUGCAGCAGGAGCUCUAUGAGAUGGAGAGGUACAAAAUUGCAGCAGCGAAAAGAACUAAAAAGCAUCUCCAAAGUGAAAAUUUUGAAAGCCUUAUCAAACAGUUGAACGAGCAUGAGUCCAGAAUUCGAGCUUGCUACCACAAGUUCUUGGACUUCGAUGGUGAAACCUUAGCAUUGAUGAUGCUUGUUGAUGCCUCUUUCUUGCUUGAGUUCCUUCAAGUCUAUGCCAUCCGGGAAGAACGGGCUCUGCCGAGAGUUUUCCACAGGAAGUCACACCUACUUGAUUAUGCGAGGACCAAAUCAGCUUAUAAUGAGAUUCUGAGAGACAUGGUGAUGGUUGAGAAUCAAAUUCCAUUGUUUGUACUGAAGCAGGUGUUAGAAUUCCAGUUCUCGACGCCACGUCAAGCUGAUGGUAUCUUGUGUUCAAUGUUAGCUGGAUUUGGCAAAUAUCUUUGUCCAUUUGGGAUCAGGGUGGAACUGUCGCAUAUCCAAGUUGAAGAGCAUGCUCACUUGCUGGACUUUCUGUAUUAUCUCAUCGUGCCAAGGUCAAAAGAACCAUCUGAAAUAAUUGAAGUGGCGGGCGAAAAUGAACCACAGCAAGGCGAAGCAGAAGGAUCUUCUGGAGAGUCCAGUAGUGCAAAAGGAACAUUUGAGGUAAUUUCGAAACUUCUGUCAAAAUUGACUGAAGGCCCAAUAGGUCGACUCAUCAAGAAAAUUAUAUUUUCCGAUGCUGUAAAAUACAUAUUGAAAUUGCCUAACACAGCCGUUUCUAAGAUCCCCGGAUAUUCUGUCUUAAAAAAACCUGUUGAAUCUGUCUUAUCAACCCAUGAGGAAGAAAAUGAGUCGGAAAAUGUGGACUCCAACUCCAACUCCAACUCCGAUAGUAACACUACCAAACCCCCACUGAUGGAGGAAAUCACCAUCCCUUCAGUGUCCGAGCUCUCGGAAUCUGGUGUCCGUUUCUUACCUACUAAUGGCAGCAUCUCAUCCAUCAGUUUUGAUGCUAAGAUGGCCAAGCUUUACCUCCCUACUAUCAGUUUAGAUCCAAAUACAGAAGUCACUUUGAGAAACUUGGUUGCAUAUGAAGCAUCAACGGGGUCAGGGCCACUUGUUAUUGCUCGGUACACUGAACUAAUGAAUGGGAUUAUUGAUACCAAGGAGGAUGCCAAGUUUCUGAGAGAAAGAGGUAUUAUUUUGAACCGGUUGAAGAGUGAUGAAGAGGUGGCCAACCUGUGGAAUGGGAUGAGCAAGUCCAUAAGGUUGACGAAGGUUCCCUUCCUAGAUAAGGUGAUUGAAGAUGUGAACAAGUAUCACGGUAGCAGAUGGCAAGUUAAGGCCGGAAAGGUCAUAACGCGUUAUGUGUUCGGUUCCUGGCAGCUCUUAACACUUCUAGCUAUCAUUGCCAUCUUGUUGUUAAUGGUAUUGCAAGCAUUUUGCUCUGUUUAUAGCUGUUCCCGAAUAUUUGAGAUCUCCGGAGAUCAGUUAUUUUUUGGUGGUUUUUCAUCUUAAGUUGUAUGCUACUUCUGAUUUUCUCCUUUGGUUAUUCAUUUCAAUUUGUACUAGCCCCAUGUUAUGAAUUGCUUUUGUGAAAUUUCCAAUUCAAUAAUCGUCAUAGCUUUAAGAAAAA